GGAUAUCUAUCAUACAUAAAUGAUGCAUCUAUAUCACUUUCCAAGAUCUUUUUCCACUAAAAAAACACCACAAUUAACAAUCUCAACAACCUUGAUUAAGAAAACAACCUAAAGAUUUCGACCCAUUUCUUUUUUCACACCUGUUUCCUCCAUCUUUGCGGCUACUCUGUUCUUGCUCCAUCAGGUGUAAUUAGGUGAAUUUCAGUUUUGUGACUGGAGGAAACCCUAAAUGGCAACAUGUAUACCCUCAUCUUUAAUGCCUUUAGAAACCCGAAAUCGAAUGGGGGCAUUGACUGUUUUCGGUGGGAGAGUGAGUUCCUUAAAGAUAAUUGAUGACAACAAACAUGCGAACAACGCUAGCCACAAGGUUUCUUAUAAUCCCCAAAUUAAAUGUAUGUCGAAUUCGCACAACGUCAAUCAGUUCAACAGUAAAGAUAAGUUUCUCGAUCUUCACUCCGAAGUUUCGAUGCUUCGAGGCGAGAAAAACAACAAGAACGACAACAAUACUGUGAUUAACCCGAGUGUUACUGAGAUUUUGAGAGAUUCACCGGGUUCGGGUGGUUAUAAUGAGGCGAAGAUUAAAGUGAUCGGUAUAGGAGGGGGCGGGUCGAAUGCGGUGAAUCGGAUGAUCGAGAGUGAGAUGAAGGGUGUCGAGUUUUGGAUUGUGAAUACCGAUGUUCAAGCGAUGAGAAUGUCUCCGGUUUUCCCUGAACAACGGUUGCAGAUCGGUCAAGAGUUGACCCGUGGGCUCGGUGCCGGUGGUAACCCUGAUGUCGGUAUGAAUGCGGCUAAAGAAAGCCGAGAAUCCAUUGAAGAAGCUGUUUACGGUUCCGAUAUGGUUUUUGUAACCGCGGGAAUGGGCGGCGGGACGGGUACGGGUGGGGCCCCUGUGAUCGCCGGGGUGGCAAAGUCAAUGGGCAUAUUGACCGUCGGUAUCGUCACAACUCCGUUCUCAUUUGAGGGUAGAAGAAGAGCGGUUCAAGCGCAAGAAGGAAUUGCGUCUUUAAGGGAAAACGUUGACACUCUUAUCGUAAUUCCAAAUGACAAAUUAUUAACGGCAGUUUCUCCGUCUACACCCGUAACAGAAGCUUUUAAUUUGGCUGAUGAUAUUCUUAGACAAGGUGUUCGUGGCAUCUCGGAUAUAAUAACCAUACCAGGAUUGGUUAAUGUCGAUUUUGCUGAUGUACGAGCAAUUAUGGCGAAUGCGGGCUCGUCGUUAAUGGGGAUAGGAACCGCAACUGGGAAGACAAGGGCAAGAGAUGCUGCGUUGAACGCAAUUCAAUCACCUUUGCUAGAUAUUGGUAUCGAGAGGGCUACAGGAAUCGUUUGGAAUAUAACCGGUGGUAGUGAUUUGACAUUAUUCGAGGUGAAUGCUGCAGCCGAAGUCAUAUACGAUCUUGUGGAUCCAAGUGCCAACUUGAUCUUUGGAGCGGUCAUUGAUCCAUCGAUAAGCGGUCAAGUUAGCAUAACUCUUAUAGCAACCGGGUUCAAACGACAAGAAGAAAGUGACGGACGGACUCUCCAGGGUGGUCAGGCGGAUGCAGUUGGAAUGAACCGACGAGCACCAGCAUUCACAGAAGGCGGCUCAGUAGAAAUCCCAGAGUUUUUAAGGAAGAAAGGACGCUCACGCUAUCCUCGAGCGUAAAUUUAUAAUUUUACUUUUUUGCCCUUGUGAUAUACUAAGUAUGGUUGUGUAGGUAGAAGAUUGUAAAGUGGUUGGCAACUAUAUUACUUGCUGCCAAGACUGUUUAAAUUAGAGGUUUAGAGUUGUUACCAUUAUAAUAUAAUGAUCAUACUUUGUUUGGUGUUCAAACAUGUUGAAUAAAACAAUAUAUCUAUCCUUCAUUCCAAUUUAA